UCAUGACCUUUAGAUCAUGUUAUAACAACUUUAGCGGUUGCUCCAACAUUUAAGAUCAAAAGUCACAAAAACACUUUGACCAAAAAAAAAAGGCAAAAUAAUACACAGUUUCUUUCAUUCACUUUCUUGUCCAACCUCUUCUUUUUCUUUAACUUUUUUCUUGAAAAAAGAGCACCCUUUUUGCUGUUUGUCUACUGAUACUGAAACAGAAGAAUGAUGAUGAGUGAGUUAGUGGAAGUAAAGGAGUGAAUGGCAAUGGAGAAAGCAGAAGAAGAGUUAGAGAGAAGGAGCAAGUUCUUGAAUAGUUUGAUAUUGAAGAAGAAAUCAGUUGAGGAAAAACAGCAGAAUGAGCAUUUGAAUGUAAGUGUGAGAGCUUCAGAUAUGUCAUUUUCAUUGCAAAAUCAUGCUUUUAAGUGUGCAAGAGAGAAUCUUGAUGCUAUGGCUUGUGGGAAACUUGACAGUAAACGUCUUGCUCUGGCUCUUAAAAAGGGUCCUCCGGAAACAGCCUCAAUACCUUCACGUGGUAGUAAGGACCGCAUAUACUCUACCUCCUCCAGAAUCCACUUUGUAGGAUUUCAAUGGGAAUUUGACUCAACAUAUGGACCAGCUUGGCAUUGUAUUGUGGGAACUAGUUUUGGUUCAUAUGUCACACAUUCCAUAGGAGGUUUUUUGUACUUCUCAAUUGAUAAGGUUUAUGUUCUUCUAUUUAGGACUGUUGUUGAACCUUUAGAUCAUUGACUCUAACACUUCUUGAUCUCUACUUUGUAAUUUCUGAAAAUUUGAAGUUAUGAGAGGUUUUAGUUUGUAUGUUUGGAUUGUACAAUCACCAAAAGAGAAACUUGAAAGGCACAAUUUUAAUGCA